UGUCUGUGUGCCCUCCUCCUGUGACUGUCAUCAUUGUGACAUGCUGCUUCGAAACCCUCUGUCAGACCUCGAAUGGCUCAUUCUGGCUCUUAGCUGUGGAUGAGGGAGGGACGCGCAGGAGGGGAUGAGGAGAUAAGUGAAAGUCUGUUUAUUUUGCUAAGUGUACUUGUGGCAGUGGAAGUGAGCCUGGGACGACUGGAUCUAUUCUUGCCAAAAGGAGAUGGAGAUUCGAAUUCAUGGAGAACAGUCCGAUUGACCUUGACAGGGAGAGGAUUGGAUGGCUUCUCAACGAAAGACCUCUUUGUCUUCUCUUUGUUCAACAAUGUUCAUGAAGUGAGAGCUUUUGCUGGAAAGGAGCACCGGUCAAAGUCGGUAGCCUUCAGUGGUGCCUAAAGAGGAACCUCAGGAGCUUGUUUAUUGAUCUCUUGGACCUGGCACCAUGACCGACUCUCACUCGUCUGGCUCUGGGGGAAGCUACAACAGCAGCUUUCCCACCACCAGUACAUGGAACAUCACUGGCAGCGGCCCGUGGCUGUUGGCCUUCAUGCUGACUGUCAUCAUCCUCAUGACAGUCUGUGGCAACGUGUUACUCAUCGCUUUGGUGUUUGCCCAUCGCUCCUUGCGCUGCACCUCAAACUGCUUCUUGGUGUCUUUGUUCCUAUCUGACCUGAUGGUGGCACUGGUGGUGAUGCCCCCGGCCAUGCUCAAUGUGCUGUGUGGAGCCUGGGUGUUGUGGCCCGCAUUCUGCCCGAUUUGGCUUUGCUUUGAUAUCAUGUGCUGCAGCGCAUCCAUCCUCAACCUGUGUGUCAUCAGCCUGGACCGAUACCUCUUCAUCAUCUCACCUCUGCUCUACAAGCAAAGGAUGACCCCACCUCGAGCGUUACUCCUCGUGGGAGCUGCUUGGGGGCUGGCAGCACUGGCCUCCUUCCUGCCCAUUGAGAUGAGAUGGCACAGCUUAGGCCUCGGCAAUGGACACUUACCUGUUCCGGGCGUCAGCAGUAGCAACAUCAGCUCCUACUCUGACACACUGUAUCCGGCAUCCUUCUUUCAGCUGUCACCACCAGGAGGCCUUUCCUUCCAGUGCCGCCUUCGGGUAACCUUGCCUUUUGCUUUCGUGGCAUCUGUGCUCACCUUCUUUUUGCCCUCAAGCGCCAUUUGCUUCACCUACUGCCGGAUCCUCCUGGCAGCACGGAGACAGGCAAAGAGGGUUGCGGCUCUGAGCCACCCACCGCACCCACACCCCUCUCUUGGGGAACCGUCCAGGCCUCCUUCACCCGGGAUCGCGGCCGCCCAAGCGCAGCGGGGUGGAGAUGAUUGCGGGUACCAGGAACCUCCUGUGUCACAAAAUGCACCGCCGUCCGUUAACAGUGAGCGCCGCCUGGCUCGAAGGCACGGCCGGAGGGCACUGAAGGCCAGUCUGACACUGGGAGUUCUCCUGGGACUCUUCUUCAGUGCUUGGCUCCCCUUCUUCCUCACCAACAUGGCUCAGGCAGUGUGUGAGUGCGUUCCCCUCGCCCUCUUUGACGCCAUCACCUGGCUGGGCUACUGCAACAGCACAAUGAACCCCAUCAUCUACCCGCUGUUCAUGAGGGACUUCAAGCGAGCUCUGGGUAAGCUCCUGCCCUGCUGCUCUUCGCUGUCGCCAAGGAGACCCUCGCCGGCGCUCUCCCUCUCUCUGCGCAACUCAGGAGAGCCCAACAUUCCCAGCACGCCGCCCUCUCCCUUGGCCUCUGACCCCACACAUCCCCCCGCCACCGCCACCGAUGCCGUCAACCUGUUUGAUGCCGAGCAUGCUGGGAUUGAGUUGCCUCUGCUUCUUCCCAAUCAGGUUGAAACCCUGGAUUGAAUGGCGAGUAGAAAGGUCAGCUAACGUGUCGUCAGGGUUUGUCGAUUGGAAACAAGGAAUGAGACUCGGACAGUUGAGGAUUUACUGACCUUGAGUUCAAACAAAUUCACAUUUUAAAAACGUGUUUUUCAUGGUUACAGAAAAACGAUUCACAGAUUGAAUGAUCUCGACCUUAACUUAUAUGUUCCUUUCAAAGUGUGAAAUGUGGCUGGAAACAAAUAUGUUAAGGCUAUUUCCAGUUAUCGGGGCUUGUAAACAAUAUCGGCAAUGUUAACUCUUACGUUGGCUGUUUAGUAAGCAGUGCCUCACAAUAGUGCCGGUGGAAUAGAGAAAGAAAAGGCCUUGAAGAAAAUACAUUCACUGAAUUGCCCGCGGCCUUAUGGAAAUCAAAUUACUGUGAUAAUAUCCAUAGCAACCAAGCAACGAAUGAAAAGAGAGAUGAGAAAUCACCUAUAUAGUGGCAUCCACUGAAUCCUGCAAACCACACACGGUGUUCUCAGGUAUAUGGUCUCACAUCGAGUUUAGAAAAUAAAUUCUCACAUUAUUUACAGUUUAAAAAAAUCUGUUUCAGUUGCAAAAAUCUAAAUUGUUAUUGAAUUAUCACAUAUGUCAAAAACAAACAACAUUUAGUGGUUAAACAAAGCAGCCAUUCUGGGGAUUUUCACUUGAAGCUGCCAUUUGUUCGCAUCGGCUCUUGUGCUGUCUCUCGCAUGUCAGUUUGUUGCAAAGGGAAUUCAUUUUUUCUCCAACAGCUUCAGAGGUUGAGAGUUUACAGGGAAGGAGCUGGUUCACUAACAUGCUCUUUACAAGUUUUGCUGCCUUUGUUCGUGCGGGUGCUAUGUUGUCCAGUGUGUAUCAUCCCAGCUCCAUGAUAUGUGUUCCUUAUCCGGGUCGGCCUCCUCUACGCCGUCACACUGUGCAUUAGAAGCAGAUGCCGAGCCAUCGUCAGUGUCCUUCUCCUCAGAUGCGUGUGGUAAAUUGUUCCUCUCUGCGAUAUGAUUCUCUGAUUCUGUGUCGGAGAUCUGACUCUGAUCAAGCAGGUCAGAGAUAUCGGGUAUAUCCCAACCGUCACCUGACUCCUCCUCAUUCUCCUCGUCCUCCUUCAGGUCUCCACUUUUCUCCGUCUCAGUCUCCUCAGCUGGGUUUUGUGUCUCAGUCACUUGGUCAGGAAUGUUCACUGCCCCAUUUAUAACCUUCACAGACUGAGGAAGAGCGAAGGAGGCUCCUGGCACUUCUUUGGUUGGAACUCCGAUCGCCACCAAGAUGGUGUCCAUCUGACGCAUGUAGUCCAAGUGACCUUUUACCUGAGAAUCAGAAACAUGGCUUUAUGUCUCUGUUUAAAAAAAGGAUAUAUAUUUAUGUAAAUGUAUGUGUAGUUUUUUUUAAACAUUUAUAACAAAAAAAAAAGAGGUUAUGAAUAUUAUUUAUUGUUUUUGUAAAAAAAGUUUUACUAUUCCCCAGGUUUAUACUGUAUGGUGCUUCAGAUAUGUCAAGUAUGUUUGUAAUGUUUUUUGUUUAUAUUUUAUUAGUUGUGCGUGAAAUUUUCAACCUCUGAUGCUUUACCUGGUUCAAAAAUCUAUUACAUGAUAUAGGAAGUGUUCAGCUACAUAUGGUGGAUUUUCAAGGAGGCAGGAAGGCAUUGCUGUGAAGUGAAACAAACCAGCAGUGGCCUUCAUUUUUAUCAUUAUUAAAAAACGUUAUCCUACUGUCUCGUUUAAAGUGCUAUUAAAAUCUCGUAUUUAAUUAUCUUGCAUCAUGUAAAUUAUCUCAUUGUAACAUUUUUUAUAUGACCCACUAAAAUACCAAUCUCCUAAAAAGGUGUGUGUUUGUUUUAAGCUGCACUUAUCAACUGUUUUAGCAGCUCUAAAACUCUGGAGU